AUGGAUAAAGCAUCUUCAGUGCCAUAUAUUUAUUAAUAUUUUAAUGACACAACUUUAACUAUUUUCUAGACAAAUUUUAUUUGACAAAAACAUGUGACAUGCCUAAAUAUGGUCAUGAUGAAAUCACAUUAUGACCAUAUAUAGGCACGUUAUGACUAUAGGUGGGCAUACUAUGGUAUUUUUUCUUGUCAAAGAAAAUUGGAUAGUCUGGACAGCUUUACAAAGAUAAUGUGUCAGUGUGUUCCUCAUUGGCCAAUGAUUGUGCACUAUAUGCAACAGAUUCUCAUCAUGACACAAACUUUAUAUCCUUCUGAUUAUUGAGAGGAAAUAUAGGAAUUGUCAGUGAGCAAUUGAUAAUUGAGUCAAACUGCAUGCAGUCAAGGAUUAUGGAAUGUUACAGGGAAGUGUUUAAAACACAAGGUUGAAGUGAUCAAGGCAAGCCUUUGAUCUGCUUGUACUGUAAGUCACUGACUGACCUACCAUUCAACAUUUUCUAUUGAGGAAAUUGUUUCUUGGUUUUAUCAGAUGUAGUUCCAUGAGAUUCUCCCUUGAUUAUGGCGUCAUCUCCCUGUUCACAUGAUCCUUCUGAUGUUGAAGAAAUUGUCAGAAAAUCCUGGAAACUUCUAGAAGCACAGUGCUCAUCAAUUGAGGCACAAUGCAGACCUCUGACAGACCGGCCUUAUGGUUGGCAGGUUGUUCGCUUGUUUGUUUCCUCGACAUUUGCAGAUUUACAUGCUGAGCGUGAGGUUUUGGUGAAGAAGGUAUUCCCGGACUUAAAAGAAUUCUGUGAAGAACGCCAUCUGCAUUUGGUUGAAUGUGACCUGAGGUGGGGUGUUCCAAAGGACUCAACAACUAGAACAAUUCUAUGCACCUGCUUAGAUGAGAUCCAGAUAUGUCAUGAUGAAACCAAUGGCAAAGGCUUCUUCUUGAAUAUGUUAAGCGAACGUUAUGGAUGGAUUCCAAGUGAAGAUGAUGUCCCAUCUGACAUUGCUUCUAAAUACCAGUGGAUUCCCGGUUUCUCCAUAACUCAUAUGGAGAUAGUGAAUGGUGCCUACAGGACUCGGAACCCAAAUGCUGUAUUUCUCCUGAAGGAUUCAUCGUUCUUAGAUACACUUGCGGAAGAAUUUCGUGAAUCAUUUGUAGAUACAGAACCACUUGCUGUUGCUCAAUUAAAAGAAUUAAAGAGAAGUCUUAGAAAACGCUUUCCCAAUCAGGUUUUGGAUUAUAAGUGUGAAGUGGAAGGUGUAAAAAACAAUAAGGUUACAAUGAAGGGGUUAGAUGAUUUUGCCACAAUGGUAACAAAUUUCUUCAAGAGUGCAAUUGCUAAGCAGUAUCCAGUAGCUAUGAGGGACCAAACUCCAGAAGAAAUUGAGAAUGACAACCACAACACUUUCUUUGAACAACGAGGGUGUCUUGUUUAUGGUCGUGAUGAGCUAGUCCAAAUGAUGCUGAAAUUCGCAACAGAUCAGAAGGUUGCUGAGUCAGGCUUGAUUAAGUCUCGAUCUUCCCCCACAGAGGAUAAGAAAGUUGGGGGGUUAGGAUACAAGAGUAUUAAAACACCCCCUCUGGUGAUUAUGGCAGAGCCUGGUCAAGGGAAGAGUGCCCUCAUGGGGAAAUGUGCUCAUGAGGCUAAGAAGGCUGGUUUAAAUGUCUUCUAUCACUUUGUUGGUUGCAGUAGUUUAUCAUCAGACCCAGCUAACCUCCUCCUCAGACUGUCUGAAGCAAUUGCCAAGCCUAAUGACAAGAGAUUGGAGGAAAUGAAAACAGACUUCAAGUAUGGCCGUGCUUUACGAGAUUUGUUGGCGAUGCUGAAAGAAUUUGGUAAAUCGAAGCAACAACUACUGGUCAUUGUUGAUGCUAUAAAUCAGCUUAUCCACAGCACAGAUUUCUUAAAGUGGAUUCCCACAAAAAGCUAUGGGUCUCUGCGUUUCAUCAUCAGUACCACACGUGAGCCUGCGACACUAAGCAGCCUAGAUUGUGCAUCUCCUGAAGCAUAUCAAAUUGACCUCCCUAACUUGCCUGAAAGUGCUAGAACACAACUUGUAAAAAAUUAUUUUGGAAUUUACAAUAAGAGUUUGGAUUCUGAACAACUGUCAUUAUUGACAUCAUCACAAGGAGCGCAGAAUGUGCUUUGGUUGUCGUUGGCAUGUGAGGAGCUGCGAGUAUUUGGUGUAUUUGAACGUCUGACAGAUCGUAUAAAGACACUGCCUUGCACUUUAGAAGAACUGCUAGCUGAAAUUAUCAGGAGAAUGAUAACAGAGGAUGAUACUGGAUUUGUAGAACAGAUUCUAUGCCUUCUAGAAUGUUCACGGCAGGGCCUAAUGGAGAUUGACUUGAGACUUAUCCUUGGAGAUUUAGACUCAAAGACACCAGCUCCAAUGUUGCUGUGGACCCAGGCUAGGAGGACACUAAAGACUUUCCUGAGAAAAUCUGGUAGAGUAGGGCAAAUAGAACAGCUAAACUUAUUUCAUUCAUCUAUUAAACAGACUGUACGCAAAGAACUUCUAAGCGAUCAGAACAAAUGCAAGAGUAUCCACAUCAAGUUAGCAGACUUCUUUCAGUAUCACUGCAGCACGGAUGAAUUGGCAAUUGCAGAGUUGCCAUACCAGUUACGGCAAGCUGGAGAAAUCCGCAGACUGGUGCAGUUUCUUAUGCACGAUGCCAGGCGGAACAACAUGGAUGCAUUUACUGUGGCUAAACAACUAAAAGAUUUCCGUUGCAAAGGAGACUGCCAACCAGGCCCAACAUCAUUUCCGAUGAAGCUGUGUCAAUCUUGUAAAGAUGCAGAGGGUGGUAUCAGCAGUGCGGUGGUGGAUAGACCCAAUAGGGAUUGCUGUGUUCUGUGCUCUAAUGAAGUU